AUGAAUUUCCCCAUCAGUAACUCUGUGUAUAUCACAGGACUGGCACAUCAGUACCCAGAGUACUCUCAGACACAAGAGCAAUUUGCUGAACUCGUCACGAGAUUAUUCCCUGAGCACAUCUCGUCACCAGGGUUUCGAAGGUUGCUACACGUCAAUCAAAAUACAAAGAUCUCUUCACGCCCAACAAUCUCUGACUACUCAACAUGGACGAAAGAUCAUGCAAAUCCUCCGACCAUCGAUGAACUUUCGCGAAUCUUUCGCACAACCGGUGUCGACCUCACAGUAUCAGCAUGCAACAAAGCACUGAAGGAGGCACAACUAUCGGCGGCAGAUAUCACACAUGUUGUAGCGGUCACGUGUACCGAUCAGGGCAGCCCAGGCUACGACCUCUUUGUCAGCCAGGAGCUGCAGCUACCUGAUGAUGUACAAAGAACACUGUUACAUGGUGUUGGCUGUGCUGGUGGUCUGUCUGCUCUACGAGAAGCCGCGAAUCUCGCAGCGUCUGCCUCGUUAAGGGGUCGACCGGCUCGAGUCCUCGUCUUCGCAACCGAGCUAUGCAGUCUUUUCUUUAGGGCGGAGCUUCAAGCUGCUUGCAAAGACGAUAAGAACCUACACAUUGCUCCGGCACUGUUCUCAGAUGCAUCGGCAGCAUUGGUAGUCUGUAACGGUCUCGCAAUGAAGGAGGAGCAAAAGCCGAUCUUCGAGCUACAAGAGUGGGGCAGUGCACUCAUCCCAGGCACAAAGAAUCACAUGUCCUACUCAGUGAGUCCAAAUGGCAUGAUAGCGACCAUCACCAAAGAGGUGCCGAAAGCCACCGUCGGCGCCAUAAGCUCCAUGUUCGACGAGGUUUGCAAUCCGACCGGUGCAUCGCUCGAUCCAGCAGCAUUCGACUGGGCCAUUCAUCCAGGUGGUCUCGCGAUCUUAAAGGGUGCACAACAGGCGAUGAGCCUGACCGAUGACCACAUUCGAGCGUCCCUCGAUAUAUACACAAAAUUCGGCAAUUCAUCGAGUCCGACAGUACUUGUUGUGUUGGACAAGCUGAGGAAGAUGGGUACUGGAAGGGAUGAUAUUGUGGCUGCAAGCUUUGGCCCUGGUUUGAUGAUCGAGAUGUUCCGCCUGAGGCGGUGUCGAGAUGUCGAGAUUCGACAGGCUUUGAGUCUAGGUGUGCUGGCUAAAGCCCACGGACUGGGCAUGUCGGUGAUUUCGAGGCUUUCCAGGCCAAUUAGGAAGUAUUCUAUGGUUCAUAGGAUGAGAACCCAUAAGGCCGUGUAG